GAUACUUCAUAUUUCAUACUUGUAAUCUUUCGGAUUGACUAUUAAUGCUAGCAUUAGAUACAUUUCUUGUAUUCCAAAUUCAGAAAAAAGAAAAGAACCCCUUCACUCUCAAGAAACUUCCCACCGACGACAUCCCUAUUCCUAUAUAUAUAAAAAAAACCUUGUCAUUCCUUUUCAACACAUCUUUUGGACAAUAAAUUUAGGUCCAAUAUUUGUGUGCACGCGAGCUAGCCAUCAACAGACGGACAUCCUCCCUCGACGAAUGCUCCUGUUGUGGCAAUUCAACCCGGAGGAUAUAGUUAAAAUUGCAUAUCUUGUUGAGCUCAUCACGCAUCUCUUCUAUUCCAUUCGGUACUUAUUACUUUUUACUAACAAAUGUAUUGAGGAAAAGUGAUGUUCAUACUAAUUUUCAAGCACGUCGAGAAUACUAUUGACCAUGCAUGUAUAUGAUAAUAUGAUGUCUUCCAUCAGCACAAGUACUGAAUAACGUUAUUCAGUGUGGUUCAGGCAUAUAUCCAAUUAUCUUAAUUUGUAUGCUAAUUAGGUUCUUGAGAUGGGAAAUUGUGUAUUCAAGGGGUUUGGUUUUAGAGAAGUUGAUCAAGAAGAAGAAAAGAAGAUGAUAAAAGUGGUCACUUCCAAUGGUGGAAUCAUGGAGUUAUAUGCACCCAUAACAGCCAAUUGUAUCACCAAUGAAUUCCCAGGCCAUGCCAUAUAUCGUAGCCGUGAUAUGUUCUCUCCACCACUUUUUCACAACGAAGAACUUCAAGCUGGUGAAAUAUACUCUCUCCUCCCUCAAUUAAAAAAUCAUACUAAAUCCAAAAGACGAGAGGAAAAAAGUGAUAAUAUUACUACUUGUAAUGGUAGUAAUAGUGGUAUUUUAUUACCUCAAGCAACACCUUAUAGGAUGUCAUGUGAUAAUCAGAGGGUGUUAAAGAGAUCAUUAGAAGCUGAGAUAUUUCCUACAUACAAUAGUACUGGAGUGUGGAAGGUGAAAUUACUGAUAAGCCCUCAACAAUUGUCUGAAAUUUUGUCACAUGAGGCACGUACAGAGGCACUAAUAGAGAGUGUUAGGACAGUAGCCAAGUGUGGUUCUGGGGCUUCUUCAAUGAAUACGCCUGCUUCUCAUUCAGAUAAUUGGAGCUUUUCUAGUCCCGGGCGGAUUUAAAGUUUCUAUCUAUAUUGGGUUCACGUGAAUUCAGUAAUUUAGAUAGCCUGUCUUUAGCAAUAGUUGGCAGGCAGCUAGCCCCAUUUGAAUCUUCCUCUAGGGUAUUGUUAUUUAAUUUCUUUGCUAAUAAAUUUAUAUAACUUGUGCAAAUUAAGUAGUGAUGACACUAUCUAGCAGUAGCACCGAUGCCUUGUGUUGAUAAUAGUAGAUGCAAACUUGUUUGAUUUUUACAUGUAAUAUCCAGUGCAGUGCAAUCUCUACUAGUUUAGUAUCAGUUGCGGAAAGGCUAUAAUUUGAGGUGCAAUUAUAUAUGAGUUGGUUUCAGAGGCAAAGUUUAUGAGUUAUGACUUGCCCAACUCAUC